GAAAUCUAUGGAGAAAUAUUUGAGAGAAGCUGACAAUACGGCAUGUCACGUGACAUCAGGUGAAAAUGCAAAAACAUUUAAACCAAAAAGUGAAAUAAGCCCAGAACUUUAUUGUGAUCUAUGUCAUGAAGAAUUCCAAUCUUCUGAUAGGCUUUUAAGUCACGUAUCAAUGCAGCACUCAGAAAAUAAGACAAAGUCACAAUCUCACAAACACAAUCUUCAUCAUUUUGAGUCUUUGUUUCUGAACAAAAUACCUAUAACUGCUAAAACUUUAAAAAAAGGAAGAAAAAGAAAACCAGUAUCUCAACCAUGUGGAAUAUGUAAAAAAGUGUGCGCAACAAAAUUGUCACUUAAAUAUCAUAUGAGAAGACAUACAGGUGAAAAACCAUUCACUUGUUAUAUUUGCCAGAAACGUUUCUACUCUAAACAAAACAUGAGAUAUCACAUGGAUUUCAAUCAUGGACCCAGCUCUGUAAAUAGUUUGGUGAGCAACUCAAAUAAACAUACACCAUACCAAUGUGACAUAUGUGGUAAAUAUUUGAGCUCUUCUACUUCACUCAAAAUUCACUAUAGACGUCAUACUGGUGAGAAACCAUUUAAAUGUAGCAUUUGUGCCUAUAGUAGCAUUAAUAAACUGCUUUUGGACAAUCACUUACAAACUCAUUAUACAGAAGGUAGGAGGUUUCCAUGUGAAGUGUGCAGCAAAUUGUUCUACACUAAGGAAAAUAUGCAAUCACAUUUGGUGAUUCACUCUGGGGAGAAACCCCACAGCUGUACAAUUUGUAAUAUGAAGUUUGCUCGUAAGAGCAGUGUGUGGUAUCAUAGAAGAAAGCAUCACCCUAAUUAAUAAGCCAAAGUAUAUCAUCAUUCAUUGUGGUUUUGUUUGUAAUGGCAUCACAAUAAGAAUGGUCUUAAUAUGUUAAAGUAGUGGGAAGUUUAUAAUCAGGACAAUACAUUUCGAG